AUGCCCCAUGCCAGUGCUCACCAUCCUUUGGUUAGUUGAAUGUUGGAAAGGAAAUGGUAUUUCUUCCAUCCCUAUAAAAAAAAACCAACAGGUUGGGGGUUCAACAGUACAUACUAUCCCUUGUCCCGCGCCACUAGCCACUUGGACGAGCGCAUUAUUGAACCAGCAUACGGAGUAGAGUAGAGGGGCCAUCCGGUGGCCGGUUGCUUGAUCGAUGGGAAGCUAGAGAGGUAGUUAGCGAUGCCGGUGGAACAGGGAGGUAAACUUACAUGAAGACUUUAAUAAAAUAUAUACAGGAAAUCCCUGAUGAUUAUUAACUACUCCUGUGAAUUUCUUGCUCGAUGAGACCCGGCGACUUUCCUUUUUUUUUUUUUUUGGAGAGAUUUCGACUAAGAGCCCAGUAAAUCAGCGAAUGUAAUAAAUCAAAAUAUCCCUGAAGCCCAGGAACAGCGAAACAGGCAACGACAGGCGCCUUGUGUAGUCGGGAGAUACCACUAUCACAUCUAGGGCCUCAGUCAGGGUGAUAGCAGCCCCGGAUUAAUUGAGCCCUAAGAUGGGCGAUGCCGGUCCACGGGCAUUUGCAGUUGACCUCAGCGGUACUUGGCAUGUUGGUAGGGAUCCUAGGCUUAUUUAGUUGAGGUACCAGCCAAGUCACGACCCUAGAAUUAGAAACACCAAAGCCAGCCAGAUAUUUAAUAAAACAGGAUUAAAGCAAUUGGGCACUGUAGAACACUUCUUAACCCAUCACUACCCCUCACACUGCACUGCUAUCCAGCUUUCACUCUCCUAGUGUUGAUCGAGAAUUGUUCACUUGGUGUUGUCCGUCGUCUUGUCUGGUGUUCUGUUAACUACUGGCCCGUUCCUCUGUUCGGGCUUGGUCGCAUCCCCUUGCCCAUCGCCGUCUCAACCUCACCUCUUCUCCUCCCUCCUCUCCAUCACUCCCGCACCUAUCUACUACUACUCCUCCACCAACACCGCUUCUUCCCAGCUAGUGCGUGCUUCGUCGACUUCUGCCCUCUCAGAACUGGCAGUCAAACCUCGCAAGGGGUUUCUCCUGUCCCUGUGGGCGCGUUGCUGCUGUUCGUGAUCCCGCCUAUUCUCUUCUCUCCAAAGCCCGCUGUCUUCUUGCUUACCUACGAUCGAACCCCCCCCGAAUUUCUGCUCGCGCUCCUUCAUAUCCUCCCUCUGACCAUUUCACCGCGAGAAUUCCGCUCUUCUACCUGUUCCUAUUUACUAUUAAACGGCUCCUUUGACGCUCCGUCCACGUCAAGCUCUCCUCUCCCUCGCGAAUCGCCUAUCCCACGCUCUCCCUUACAUCCUUCACAUCAACAAGCGGUAUACCUGCAAGAGCUUACUAGAGCUUUACCAUCUAACUGGAAUUCAAAAUGGUUGUGGCUACUAUCAAGUGUGUUGUCGUUGGAGACGGUGCAGUCGGCAAGACAUGUCUACUGAUUUCGUACACCACCAACAAGUUCCCCUCUGAAUACGUCCCGACCGUCUUCGAUAACUAUGCGGUUACAGUGAUGAUCGGAGACGAGCCAUAUACCCUAGGACUUUUCGACACAGCCGGACAAGAAGAUUAUGACCGUCUACGGCCUUUAUCAUAUCCGCAGACCGAUGUGUUCCUUGUCUGUUUCUCCGUCACAUCGCCUGCUUCCUUCGAGAACGUCCGCGAGAAAUGGUUCCCUGAGGUCCAUCACCAUUGCCCGGGGGUUCCGUGCCUGAUCGUAGGGACCCAGACCGAUUUGCGCGACGACCCAAGCGUACGAGAGAAGUUAGCAAAGCAGAAGAUGCAGCCCGUACGAAAGGAGGACGGCGACCGCAUGGCAAAGGAACUGGGAGCAGUCAAAUACGUGGAGUGCUCUGCCCUAACUCAAUACAAACUCAAGGACGUGUUCGAUGAGGCAAUUGUCGCCGCGCUAGAACCGAUCCCCAAAAAGAAGUCGAAGUGUACUAUCUUCUAAGGUUUCAUUCAAGCCGCAAUGAUACAAAAUAAAUAGACCUCUGCACACUAUGAAAUUCUAGUUUGGCCCAUUCGCUGUUUCGCUGCUAGGCGUCCUGGAUCUGGUCAUAUAGCUACAUACACAAUUCCCAAAUAUACCGUAUGAGGGAGACCUGCAUCUGAUGGAUGAUUUGAAUGGCGAAAUUUAAAAGCAAACAGAAAACAAAAGAGAAAAAAAAAGGUCGAUAUAUUUUAUCAUCCAAAUUAGGUCGCGGAAAAAGGCAUAUCACAUAUCAGAGAGCAAAGCAGACUAACAAGUAAAGAUUCAUCUCAGCCGAUGUUUCAGAUCGCGAUAUUUCUUUUCCUCUCUUUCUUUCCAUGCUUCUUUUUUCUUUCUGUGCAAAACGAUUUCCUCCCCUUUUAUUAUUGUCAGUCGUCCCGGCCUCCUUAUCUGAUUUACGGUUUUAGCUACUUCAGACUUGUCUGCACGUUUUAACGAUUUGAUUUUCUUUCUUUUUUCACUCCCUCUGAGCUUAUUUUUGUUGCAACAAGACACAUUUAUUCGCCGGUGCACAUUUUUUUCCACCAUUUCAUACUUUACUCCAUUCAUGCUGGAAUGUUUAUUACUUAACUCACUGAGCUGCUUUCAAAAUGUAGCUGAGGCUGCGUUUAUUUGCCCUUGUCCAUGCCAUGCCCACUCCUGCCCACUCCCCCCCGUUUCUUCCUUUUCCUUAUGAGGGAUAGCGAGAGAGAAAGAACCCUAAGCCCUCUCUUGCUUCUAAUUUUAAUCCCCAUUUCUUUCCCGGAGUUUUAUAUUAAUUAAGCUGCGGUUUGAAAAAAGAAAAAAGAAAAAAGAAAAAAGAAAAAAUUAAAUUUUUAUUCCUUUUUUUUAAAAAAUAUUUUUCCCUCUUUCUUCUCUUACAUCCAUCUGCCUCCAUGUCCCUACUAACUUUUCAGACUAACAUAAGAAGUUCAUCAGCAAGAUGUUAUAUCAAUCAGCUAACAUUUACCUCGUACUAUUUAUUGCUUACUAUGCACUGAAUUACUCGCUCUUGUCCGAGAUUCAUCUCUCCUCUGUCAUCACGUCUUCCUAAAUAUUUGGAAGACUUAUUAAUGAUGUCAUUGUCCCUGUUUGUUCUCUCCUUUCUCAUUUUUACUUUUCCCUUAUUUUCUUCUUUAAUACACAUACAUGGGAUUCCAUCCAAUCUUUCCAUUUUUCCAAUAUUUCGAUUUUCAUCCCGCCGCUAUGAUGAUGAUGAUGAUGAUGAUGAUGGAAGACUAAAUAUAAGAACAAACCCCCGCCCUGCUGCAGGUCUCGAUUGAUUCCCUCGCACUCGCGGGGCAUAUCGCAAGUAUACGAAGCACAUAUCGCAAAAUGCUGGAAAAUUACUCAAAAUAAAAACGAUAUUCACGUCCUUCCUUAAUAACAUCGAUUUUCUAUCGAGAACUAUAACGUUAAGCAUUCGAGUUUGCCCAUGCCUCUGAUCGGGGACAUAUAUGGACUGGCAUUCGUGGGAUUGCCGGACUGCGACUUGGGCAGCAGACCAGACCAUAGGAGCCAUUUAACAUAGCUAUAUAUGAGUAGUCAAAUAUGACCUACACGGGUCUCAUUAAAUACAUGAUGAAAAAAAAAAAAAAAAAAAAAAAAAAAAAAAAAAAAAAAAAAAAAAAAAAAAAAAAAUUAAAAAAAAA